AUGUCUGUUGUACUUAGGAUUUUGGAGACUUUGGAUGGCGCAGUGACAGCCACUCCUCCCUUUGAGCGCCCUCCUGGCAGUUCCCAACGAUUAUACUUACGAAUUUCGGGACUUUGGAUGGCAGUUAGAGCCACUCCUCCCUUUGAGCGCCCUCCAGUUCCCAACGAUUAUACUUACGAAUUUCGGGACUUUGGAUGGCAGUUAGAGCCACUCCUCCCUUUGAGCGCCCUCCAGUUCCCAACUAAGUCCUUCCUCUCUCAUGUCCGACUUUGGAUGGCGCAGUUAGAGCCACUCCUCCCUUUGAGCGCCUUCCAGUUCCUUAAACUAUUCUGCUUAUUGGAACUGGGGGUUGCGCAGUGCAUGCCACUUCGCAGUGCAUGCCACUUGUUAGUGGCUCCUGCUUAUUGGGACUGGGGCUCAGCGCAGUGCAUGCCACUUCGCAGUGCAUGCCACUUGUUAGUGGCUCCUGCUUAUUGGGACUGGGGCUCAGCGCAGUGCAUGCCACUUGUCAGUGGCUCCUGCUUCUUGGAAUUGGCGGUAGCGCAGUGCAUGCCACUUGUUAGUGGCUCCUGCUUAUUGGGACUGGGGCUCAGCGCAGUGCAUGCCACUUGUCAGUGGCUCCUGCUUCUUGGAAUUGGCGGUAUCGCAGUGCAUGCCACUUCCUGCUCCAACUUUUUAAUGGUGACUGCUGAACCUGCCGGUACUUUUGUGUGGCAAGUGCUCUCUAGUUAA